GCUCAAAAUAAAUCUCCCUGGUCUUUUAAAACAUUGUAUUUUCUUUACUCACGUUUGGGUUUAGGUGUGGUUUUGAUUCUGUAGAUGUGUGUUUAGGACGGGGUCCGGUGCAUGCUAGGCAAUGCGUUAACCACGUACCCACACCUGCAGCCCGUGUUUUAGAUGCGCUUUUUCAUUUAUCUCAUGACAUUAAAUCCGUUCACACUGUACAUGAGGGACUCGGGCUUGUUUCCUUUGACUUUUGUUUCCUAUGACGGACACUUUGUUUCCUUUAGUGGUUGUUUGUGGUUUUGGACAGUGAGCUUCUUUGAGGACUCCUUGCUAUCUGUGUACAUUCUUUGAAAAUUGGUUUUAUUAUCUCUUUUUAUGGGACACGCACACGCACACGGUGGGACACGAACACGGUGGAUGUCAUUUUCUUCCUUCCCACUUUCCUAGCUCUCUUCUUUGUGGGGUGUGUGUAUUGUACGUUUUGCUGUGGCUCAAACCAGACUUUAUACAGGCUAAGCAGUGUGCUAUCACUGAACCACCCUCCAGUCUCUUUGGUUUUAUUUCCUUUGCCAAGUGUGUGAUUGCAGCGUCUAAUCAGUUUCAUUGGAAUUAAGUGUCUGGCUGUUGUCGCUGCUGAUGACCGUACUGGGCUCCCGUAGUGUAAAUAUGUUUUAGAGAAGACUUUUCUCACUCAGAACUAAGGCAUGGAACGGGUAAGUUUCACAGCCCUUGCCUUGAGUGGCAGCUUUUUUCUUCUUCUUCUUACUUACCGUUUUAUAGUCUCUGGUCUGACAUCGACCCUCUGAGAGCCCCGUGAUUGUCUCCUACUACCGCUUCCCUGAAAGAUUAUAGAUUACUUGAAGUUGAUGACAGUUCAAAGACCCAGUGGAGUCGGUGCUCAACACCUCAGAGCGCUUUUAAGCCAGCUAAACAAGCAAGCACUAAGGAUGUUUCACGAAGGAGGCAACGGGGAGGCACAGAGUUUCUCAGGGGCGGGGAGUCACGAGCCUCUCCGGCUGGGAAGUUUUCGACACGUGGCAGGACUGUGUUUCCCGCCCAUAAGUUAUCAGCGCAAGGCGGUGCUGUGUGGUCAUUGCGAGCUGUCCUUUCCCACCAGGAUGAGCCUGCCGGCAAACCAACUCAAGGAGCUCAGCCAGGAGUCUCUGCCCGUCAACCAACUCAAGGAGCUCAGCCAGGAGUCCAGGAUCUUGGGCUUUGACCCGGACAUUGUUGUGGAGCUGAACGUAGGUGGACAGUUCUACACCACCACCAUGGGCACCCUGAUGAAACAUCCAGGCUCAAAGUUCUCCGAGAUAUUAUCCCGAUCAGCAAAAUUCUACAAGGAUGCCCACGGCCGCUUCUUCAUUGAUCGUCCUGGCACCUACUUUGGGCCUAUCCUGGACUACCUACGCACUGGGCAAGUGCCCACAGAGAACAUUCCUGAGGUUUACCAUGAGGCUAAGUUCUACCAGAUCCAUCUCUUGGUGAAGGUUUUGGAGGAUAUGCCCCAGAUCUUCGGUGAGCAGGUGGCUCGCAUGCAGUUCUUGCUGGGAGUGCCAAACUACAGGGAGAACCUGGAGGUCCUGUUGCACCUGGCUCGGGCAGAGGCCGUGGCAAUGCGCUCGUCCAAGGUGGUGGUGUGUGUGGUGCACACGGAGGAGGAGGAGGCCAAGUGCAUGGAGCCGCUGCAUAUCCUGGAGGCCAAAAAGACACCUGUCGUCAAAUUUGGGCCCUGGAAGGCAGGCCCUGGGACGGAGGACUUUGUGUACUGCCUGGAGAAGGACAUUAGAGCCAAGGGGUAUAUGGUGUCCCCUCAGAGGUACCAUCUGAGCAAGGACCCGUACACAUGCUUCUGGAUAUUCAUCUUCACUUGGUGGUGAUCCAUAGGAGUGGGGACUGUUUGUUAGUGGCUGUGGUGGAACUUGUGAAACCAAGUUCUAAAGCUGGGCCUGUAGCUCCAGUACUUAGGAGGCUGAGGAAGACUAACCACCAUGAGUUAAUUUUUUUUUUUUUUGGUUGUUUGAGACAGGUUUUCUGUGGCUUUGGAGCCUGUCCUGGAACUAGCUCUGUAGACCAGGCUGGUCUCGAACUCACAGAGAUCCGCCUGCCUCUGCCUCCCGAGUGCUGGGAUUAAAGGUGUGUGCCACCACCGCCCGGCACCACCACGAGUUCAAAGCUAGCCUUGGAUAUAGAUUGAGACCCCACCGAAACAGCUCAGGAGAGGUCAGACUGUCCACACCUGUUCCCCUCUGGAGCCUCAUCCUGCUGGCUGGAAUAAAGUAGGGUUUCUCCUGUCUUCUGGGAAAUGAAGCUUAUCAAUGUUUAACAGAUAAAAAGGUUCCUCCUUGCUUGCUGGGAAAUAACCCUGAUGCAAAAACUCCUCUAGCCUGCACCUGGUGUGACAUCAUUGUGUUUUGUCUUUAUAAAUCCUUAGUGCUCAAGUUAGGGGCCAAAAGUUCUUUGUGGCAGGACUGUCUCAACAGCCACAGAUUAAAUAAAGGACUCUGAUCUGGC